GCUGUAUGGACGACGGAAUCCCACCCAUUAAACACAGACAGAACUGGUUAUACACUCCCAAGAUAUUGGACCAUGUUUCAUUUCCUAUCUCACUGCUGGCGCUGGGUUCAAAUAAAGCAGGAGCCAAUAAGACGAGUGACAAUUCUGGUUCUUGGUCUGGAAAAUUCAGGGAAAAGUUCAAUUAUUAGAGUAAUUCGAAGAGUCCCUCCCUGUCAUGUCUCAUCUUCCCCCACUGAUCCUCAUAGGACAGAUCUUCGAUUGGACCACUUUGAUCUGACUUUGCUGGAGCUGCCAGGAGGGCUCAAGGGACGCACCAGUUGGAGGUUUCAUUACCCAUAUGCACAUGCUUUGAUGUUUGUUGUGGAUGCCAGUGAUCCAGGUCGUAUGCAAGAGGUGGCCUGUGUCCUGGCCAGUGUCCUGAGGCACCCCAGAGUGUCCGGAAAACCACUGCUAAUAUUGGCAAAUAAGCAGGACAAGUCAUGCGCUAUUCUUCCCAGUGAAGUCAUCGAGUUGCUGUCACUAGAGACACUGGUGAAUGAGAGCCAGACACACUGCAGAAUUGAACCGUGUUCUGCUGGCACCAACUUUCAUUCACACCAUGACUGGGCCAUCCUGAAGGGGCUACGCUGGAUCCUAAAAUCUGUGUCCCUCAGUUACCCCAUACUGAGCGCACGAGUGCUGCAGGAGAGUGCAGAGCUGAAAGACAGUCUAAAAGCAUCAAGGAGGACACAAGUUGAUAGGGCCCUGCCUGGCUGGGAAGUUCCUCGUGACAACAUCACAGACCUGGUGCAAUUUAAAUCAUUCCCAGGGGAGAAAAAGAGACCUCUGAAACCGAUCCAGAAUAUCUUGUCACAGACUGGUCACAGUAUGAACAAUGUAAAGAAGAGGAGAAGGAAGGUCAGAGUGAAGGAGACUGGACAACUCCAGGAACUGAAAGAGGGAGAGGAUAACAAGAAAUGGAAAUCUGAGCCGAAGGGGUCUCCCUCCAGCAAAGCUCAGCAAACACAUGUAAUAGGACACAGGGCAUUAAUCCAGCCUGAAGAACAGCCCAGUGACCAGACUGCUGGUUUAAAAAAGAAAAAGAAGAAAAGAAAACUGAUUCAGAAGAAUCAAAUCAAAUCACAAGAGAUUGAAGCCAAUACUAGAGACACAGGCAACACUUUUGAUCUUUACCGCAAAGCAAUGCAGGCGCUAAAACUGAAACAAGAGCAGCAGAGAGCGAGAUCAGAACAUGGAACCCAAGAGAAUAAUCCACAUCGCUGAGCAUCAGCCCAUUCACGUUAUGGGCUUCCGCCCUCAGACCUUUAAGCAUCACAUGGUCAUUAGUUCACUCUGCCCUUAAGUGGGACUUAACAUUUACACCUUAACCUUAUCAUUGUCAUUAGAUUAUUGUACUUCCCAGAGUGACAAGCCCUUUCAUUCGCUAACUUUUCAUUGUUAUUGGAGGCUGUAAGUAAUUCUAACUCUAAAUGGGUCAGAUAUAUUUCUGUUAUUAGGUUUGAAUCUCAGCAAAAAGGAUUAGCUAUCACUCAAUUGUUGGGUAAAAUGCAGCAAAUGUUAAAAACAUAUAAUGAUGGAUUUUGUAUGGCCAAAUGCCUUACUACCUUCAGUUUUUAAGUCUUAACCCUAGCAUUCCUCACUCUAUGUUCUGCUUAUACUAAUUCAACUUUGCUGUAAUUAGAUUAAUUUGCUUGUUCUUUAAACUGUUACACUGUCAUUAUCAUGUUGUGUGCUUGUAUUGUAAGUGAUUAAAAAUGAAGAAAAAAAA